AUGUUCUCCUCACUUAUUCCGUACGCUAAAGGUGUCCUUCUCGACAGCUGGGCUGGACGAUUUGAUACAAAUAUCGCGAUCCCAGAUAGCGCAACAUUUAUUGAGGACUGGGACUAUUUUCGAUCACACGUCUAUACAUAUGCUGAGUAUGAAAGCGACCGUAGGGAGUCGUUCUGGACCUUCCGGGGCCAGGAGGUUUCGUACUUGACUAUAUUCGCAUAUUUUAGCACUCGGGCGCGAGAACAACGUCUAGUCCAACAAAGAGUUCAAGACACAGAGGCCCUUCUUACAUCAAUCCCUUGUUUCUCCAACCUGGAUACAAUUUAUAUGCGCUUCAUAGACGGUAUUCAUAGCCAAUUUCAUUGGCUCGCAGGCCGCAUGUUUUUAGACGACAUGCAUUCCCUCACUGAUCAUUUGGUGAAAAUGGCAGCAGCGGUGGCUGUAGCCAGGUUAGAUGGCGUGGUUAUAAGAACAUUCGAGGUGUCGGGGUUUUAUUCUCGAAUCGACUUGGCCGACCCCCUCUUAAAAGAUCUGAUGGAAGUUGCCCUCAGCGACAUUAUUGAACUAAGAGCAAUCAACAGCCCCACGAUGUUGGAAUUCUUCAGCCAGGUUUCUCUCCCAUCUCUCCGACGAUUCGAAUUAGCAAGUUGCUGGCUAGCCAUAGAUAAUCUCGAGGAUUUUGUCAGAAAACAUGCCUCUUCACUCCGCUUCCUCCAUCUAGAAGACCCUUGGUUACUACAUGAGAAGAUAAACGAAAAUGGAAUAUACCUAUCCGUGGCAAAUGCGCAAUCCAUACUUGACAGCUUGACUCGGAUUCUGGACUCUAGGAUUCUUGACGAAGUUACAAUAAAUCGACGCCCUGGCGGCCUCUACGAGGCGCAGGUGAGGGCUAACUCUUGUACAUCGUCAAGCUAUUCUUAG